CGCGCGUCGGAGGAGUUGGGAGCCGGCUCAAAAGUUUCCUCCCAACUCCGGCCCCGCGCGCCGCCGCCGCCGCCCACUCCAGCCCGGGGCCUGGGGCCGGCCCUGCCACGGUCGCCGGGGCCACCGCCAGAGGCAGGGCAGGGCCGGGCCUGGCCGCGCCCGCAGUUUCACUUUGGCGCGCGGAGCCACAGCCUGCACCGGGCCGACCCCGCUGCGUCCCCGCGUCCCCGCGUCCGCUUCCCGCCCUUGGCCUCGGGGAGGGCUGCAGGGGAGAGCGGCCGCGGUCCCCGGCCCCGGAGCCACACGUGGGACAGCGCCGGGUCCGCUCUCCCCCCCUGAGGGGCUGAGCCUCCCCCCCUCCCCGGGGGGACCAGGCACCUGCUCGGCCCCGCGCCGGGAACCCAGGGCCAGGAUGAAAGUGACAGUGUGCUUCGGCCGGACGGGCAUCGUGGUGCCCUGCCAGGACGGCCAGCUGCGCGUCGCCGAGCUCACCCAGCAGGCGCUGCAGCGGUACCUGAAGACCCGGGACCAGGAUCCUGGGUACUGGGUGAAGAUUCAUCACUUAGAAUACACAGAUGGAGGAAUCCUCGAUCCGGAUGACAUCCUAGCAGAUGUCGUUGAAGACAAAGAUAAGCUGGUCGCUGUGUUUGAUGAGCAAGAGCCACUCCGGAAGAUGGAGAGCCCCAGUGUAAAGGCUGUGGAUCGGCAGAGCCCAGAUGCUUUCGAGACAGAAGUGGCUGCCCAGCUGGCUGCGUUCAAACCAAUCGGCGGGGAAAUCGUAGUAACCCCUUCUGCUCUCAAGUUAGGCACUCCGCUGCUGGUGAGGAGAAGCAGUGACCCAGCACCAGGGCCGCAUGCCGAUGCCCAGCCAAGCGCCACAAGCCCGAGUACCCUGAGCUUGAAACCUGUUGUUCCGGACUCCACCCUGAACUUGGAAAGCAGAGACGCUGUGAAUGGUGAAGAAACAAGGCUACUAACGCUGUACAAAAUGAAAAACCCGCUGAGCGAUAUGACAAGAAUGGUGGAGAUUUCUGGGGAAGGAGACCCCCUGGGAAUACAUGUGGUGCCCUUCAUUUCAUCCCUGAGUGGACGGAUCCUAGGACUCUUCAUCCGAGGCAUCGAAGAAAACAGCAGGUGCAAGCAGGAGGGACUAUUUCAGGAGAAUGAAUGCAUUGUGAAAAUCAACAAUGUGGAACUCCUGGAUAAAACUUUUGCUCAGGCUCAGGACGUCUUCCGUCAGGCGAUGAAAUCCCCCAGCGUGGUCCUCCAUGUGCUUCUGCCUCAAAACCGCGAACAGUAUGAAAAAUCAGUCAUCGGACCCCUCAACAUCUUUGGCAACAGUGACGGGGCUUCAAGAACCACGGUCCCACCUCCUGCCCCUGGGAGACCAGGACUAAAGGCGGUAAACCUAACAGGAGCAAACGGCCCUGAAGCGGAAGACGCAACCUCCCUGCAGCAAAGCAAGAGCCCCCGAGUUCCAAGACUAGGGAGAAAAGCAUCCUCUCCCUCACUCUCCCCUCUCAUGGGGUUUGGCAGCAAGAAAAAUGCAAAAAAAAUUAAGAUUGACCUAAAGAAAGGCCCUGAAGGACUUGGUUUCACUGUGGUGACCAGAGAUUCUUCCAUACAUGGUCCUGGGCCCAUUUUUGUAAAAAACAUCUUACCAAAGGGAGCAGCAAUAAAAGAUGGCCGCCUGCAAUCAGGAGAUAGAAUUUUGGAGGUGAAUGGCAGAGAUAUCACCGGAAGAACUCAGGAAGAGCUGGUGGCCAUGCUGAGGAGCACCAAACAGGGAGAGACAGUAUCACUGGUCAUUGCCCGCCAAGAAGGGAGCUUCCUACCCCGAGAGCUGAAAGGAGAACCUGAUUGUUGUGCCCUCUCCAUGGAGACAAGUGAGCAGCUGACCUUGGAGAUCCCCCUGAACGACUCUGGCUCUGCUGGCCUUGGGGUUAGCCUGAAAGGGAAUAAAUCUCGAGAAACUGGCACUGACUUGGGGAUUUUUAUCAAAUCUAUCAUCCAUGGAGGUGCUGCUUUCAAGGAUGGCCGUCUACGAAUGAAUGACCAACUGAUUGCUGUUAACGGGGAAGCCCUCCUGGGAAAGUCCAACCACGAAGCCAUGGAAACACUGAGGAGAUCCAUGUCCAUGGAGGGAAACAUCCGGGGCAUGAUCCAGUUGAUGAUUCUGAGGAGGACAGAGAGACCACUGGAGGAGCUUCCGGAAUGCAGGGCCCUUUCCAGACCGUGCUUUGACAACUGUCAAGAAGCUCUGAACACCUCCAGGCGAAAUGAUAGCAGUAUACUCUAUCCGUUUGGCACCUACAGUCCACGAGAUAAAAGGAAAGACCUAUUGCUUCCCGGUGACGGCUGGGCCGAGAGUGAAGUGCCGCCGACCCCACCACCGCAUCAUCCUGGUCUGGAAUGGGGCCUUGAAGAUUUCAGCCACAGCUCUGGAGUGGAUUCUACAGUAUAUUUUCCAGAUCAACAUGUCAACUUCAGAUCUGUGACACCCGCCAGGCAGCCUGAAUCAAUUAACCUGAAAGCUUCCAAGAGCAUGGACCUUGUGCCAGAUGAAAGCAAAGUUCAAUCAUUGGCUGAUCGCAGAUCAGACUCUCCAAGCAAAGAUUUUGGUCCAACUUUGGGUCUGAAGAAGUCCAGUUCCUUGGAAAGCCUACAGACUGCUGUGGCCGAAGUUAGGAAGAAUGAUCUUCCCUUCCACAGGCCCAGACCACACAUGGUGCGAGGCCGGGGUUGCAACGAGAGCUUCAGAGCAGCCAUUGACAAAUCUUAUGAUGGACCAGAAGAGGUGGAAGCCGAUGGUCUCUCUGAUAAGAGCUCUCACUCUGGCCAUGGAGCUCUGAAUUGUGAGUCUGCCCCUCAGGGAAACCCCGAGCUAGAUGCUGUGGAAAAUAAAGCCAGGAAAGUAAAAAAACCAAAAGAGAAGGAGAAGAAAAAGGGAAAGGGCAAGCUGAAAGUCAAGGAAAAAAAGCAAAAGGAGGAGAGUGAAGACCCAGAGAGAAAAAUGAAGAGGAAGGGAUUUGGUGCCAUGCUGAGAUUCGGAAAGAAGAAAGAUGACAAAGGCGGGAAGGCUGAGCAGAAAGGUACCCAGAAGCCCAGAAACCUAGGAGAAGAAGAGGUGGAAAAAAUGAAAGAAGAAAGAGAAAGGAUUGGAGCAAAACAUCAGGAGCUAAGAGAAAAGCAGGCAAGAGGUCUUGUUGAUUAUGCCACGGUGGCAAUUGGAUCAGUGCAUGAUAUGGAUGACGAUGAAAUGGACCCCAAUUAUGCCAGGGUGAACCACUUUCGGGAACCGUGCACGUCAGUGAAUGUCUUCAGAUCUCCAUCACCUCCUCGAGCUGGACCACUCGGCUACCCUCGGGAUGGACGUCCACUGUCUCCAGACAGAGACCACUUAGAGGGUCUCUAUGCCAAGGUCAACAAGCCAUAUCAUCCCCCAGCCCUAGCUGACAGCGGCCGUCCCGUGGCUGGAACCACUGACCGCAUCCAGAAGCUUCGGAAAGAGUAUUACCAGGCCAGGAGAGAAGGUUUUCCUUUCUAUGAAAACGAAGAGGGAAGAACACGGCCGUCUGACCACGACCUCAACUGGGUGUCUGGAAAGGGUCCAGACGGGAGCGCACACAACCUUCGCUCUGAGGGGAUGGAGUGUCAGUAUGCAUCCUUACCCAGGGGAGGCUCAGCAGAUCCGGCGGACUGCCUGACAGCAGUGCCCAGGGGCCGCUACAAUGAAAGAGAGAUUCCGUACUACCCAGGACCUCACCUUGUCCAUCCCCCAAGAGGAGGCUACUACCCCAGGCCUCCAGAGCUGAGGGUGACAGAGCUACGCUAUCCGCAGUACUACCCGCCCCCGCCAGCCCAUCAGCACAAAGGACCCUUCAGACAAGACGUUCCGCCUUCACCACCCCAGCACCAGAGAGUUCCAGCCUAUCAGGAGAUGGGCAGAGCAGGGCCCCGAGGGGACAGCCCUGACCGGUUCCCCUACCGUAACCAGGAUCCCAGGCAGAAGAACCCCAUGACCGCAGCAGUAUAGCUAAACAUAUAGCCGACGCCAUCUUUGCCCUUGCUAGACCCUAAGGCCUUCUCCAGGUUAAGGUGUUCCGUGGUACAGAGUGGCUCUUGCUCCCCGAGGCUGCAGCGCUUAACUGCUAAUCAGAGCGGGCACGAGGGACAGGGAAAUGGGGAUGUGGAUCCAAAAAGGGAGAAGGCUACGGUCCUAAAAGCAAUACUUCCCGAUACUUGAAAGGCUCGAAGAAUUGGUUGAUUCAGUGAGAGUGUCAGUUAUCAGUGGAGAUACACUAUAGUAACCCUGGCUACAAAACCCCCAACCCCAACACUACACACAUAGCAAAGGCAGUAGUACAGGCUUGGAGGUCUCUGCCAGGCCUAGUCACCCAUUCAGAGACUCAGUCUCAGGCCCAUCCUUGGAGCUGUAAGGCCUAGAGAGCGGCAGAGUAGAGAGGCUGCAAUCAUGGACAUCUUCAUAAGCACAAUAUUUUCACUGACCACAAAGCAGCAGUGAACACAGCCAGUGACCUCUGGGAAACUUUAGACCCAAAGGAAGACUGCAUCUCCUUAUUUAUAGUCUAUCUUGGGUUCCUGCUACUACUUGUUUGAUACAAAUGUUUGAUACUUCCUUGUUUUUUGAUAUUAAAGUCAGUAGAAUUUGAAGGCAGUAUUAAGUGUCCUGGGAGGAAGCGCAAAGCUGGUCAGAGCUUCCAGAAGGAAUUCAUUCCAGGAGCCACAGUGAGCGGGUGAAGAAGGUUGACUGUCCCGUGGUCCUUGCUUUCCUCUCUCCCAGACCCUGGCAUGCUUGCUUGAAGAUCGCUCCUUUCAGAGUCCUCCUCAGAUGCCUAUAAUUAUUUUAACUGAGACCUCUAUUUUAGACUUCCACUUAGAGGCUAAAGUAUACAUGUGAGUGGGAUGGGCAAAGAAAAGAGAGUCUGCUGGUCAGGCCACAUGGAAAGCAAUGUCAUAGGGAUGUCAGUUCUGGAGUCAGUGCCAAACAGUCUGCCGCUGGGUCAGAGAGGAAACGGGUCACCAACAAGUAGGUAGAAGCGUAUGUGUGUGUGUGUAUGUGUGUGUGUGUGUUCAAACUCUAUGGAGAAUGGAAAAUAAAAUGGCCUUCUGGACGUUCAAUGAGGAAGGAGUCAGAGGAAGUAAAGAAAGAAAAUGUACAAGAUUAAAUCACUCUGCAUCUGCUAUGUCUCAUUAACAAAUGUCAGGGCAAGGCCAAGCUCCCCACCUGAUUUCAGAGAGAAAAAAGAAAGUGUUCUGGCUUGAGAAGCUGGAAAGCCACUCUUCCUUCCUUUGAGCUUUUCUGUACAAAGAGCAUCUGAAGCUGCCAGUGUGCUCCAAGUGGGAACACACCCAAACGCAGAAAUGGCACAACAGCCCAGCAUUCCGGACUUCUCAGUGACUCCUACACACUUUAAGCCCUCCACAUUCCUUCUUCACACGGCCUCCCCAAGACGUCUUACAUUCAACAUAGACAUAUUUUGGCUGAGAGCAGAAUAGCCCCUACCAACAGGUUUUUACCCAAUGAUAGUAUUCUAGAAUACAUAGAGUAGCCAUCUGGCCCAAUUUUAUUUGUUUGUUUGUUUUUCUUUUUUAAUUUGAAAUAGUUUUGUUAACCAAGAAUGAUGCAACUACUGGUUUUAGACGUAAGUGGUGUCAUCUGCUGGACUUCAGGAGAGAUCAUUGUCUAAACCACAAUUGCUGUGGCCUUCUGAAAAAACAGACUGCCAAAUUGCUUUUUGUCCUCUGCCACCUCUCUUCAGCCAGCAACCUCGAAUCAUAUGUAAUUUGUUCAGUGGGGUGGAGGACCUCCAAGCUCUGCUCAACAAGGUAUUAUGGCCAUGCUGUAGGGUCCCUGAUGACCAUGCUGAAAAAUGGCAUUUCUUUUGAGCCAAGGGGUCCUGAAAGAAAAUGAUACAAAUGAGGAAAAUACAACUUGGGGUGGGGGAGGGGACAUUAGAUCAACUCUUAAACCAGGCAUGGUACCACAUGCUUAGAAUCCCAGCAGGCAGACUGCAAGGCAGAUGCUAGACUGGACUGCAGGGUGAGCUUAAGACCAGCCUGAACUAACAAGACCCUUGCUUGAAAAAAAAAAAAAAAAACAAAAACACCAACAAUUACCCUUUGGAGUUUCUGUAAAGCAUUGACUUUAUCCAAGGCAGAAGUCUCCCCUUGCGGAGAGGCUACACCACACACAGGUCGGCCAGGGGUAGGUGGCAAUGGUGUGCUGUAGAGAAGAGGCACUUAUGACGACUGGAUGUUUCCACCUCCACCACUGGCGCCUGGGGUGCACAGGACCCCGACACACAGGCCUUGAGAAAGCUGUCCCCCACCUUGGCUUUGUGCUGUACACACAGUCGAUCCAAUAGUUGCUAAUCCUGAGAGGCCCUCAGAGGCUCAAAGGUUUAUUAAAGAGAAAAAAAAAUAGAUAACAGCUUUCUCUUCUUGCUCAAAGGAAAGCACUCACAGCAUUUGAUCCUGCCCUAAAAAAACUAACAUUAUAUUUGUGACAGAGGCCGCAUCAAUCCAAGGACAAGCUCAGGCAGUGAGCUUUAUAAAUGCUUGUGUGAUAUCCCUGCAACUGUCACCUCUCCAUAGCUACAGAACCAUUUUCUAGUGUUCCAGGAGAGCAGGUGGCUAUCUGGAAGUCCAGGCUAUAUGAUCAGCAGGUCCCCAGGAGAAAGAAGAGCUACCAGUAUAUUUACAGCCUUGGGGAAACUCACUUUGGUAUCUCUGUUGCUGGGAACGCUCACAGAGAAAAAGGUUUAACAAGAGCUACAAACCUGUUACUAGACCAUCUAGCUUCUAGGGCCUUUUCUCCAUUUUUUUUUUUUUUGGUAUGAAUACAAAGAUGAGAGAGAGCAGACCACUGAAAACCUUUAGUCCCUAGAGAAGUAACUCUUCCACAAGAGAGAGAAACACAUCUCAUUGGCCCAUCACACCACCUCUCUUGGUUUAAGACUGUUUCCCUACAGAGUCAAAUCAGUGGACAAACAAAGGAACGUUUUCUUAAAUAAUGAUUUUGCAGAAAACAAAGCUCAGAAAAAAAAAAAAAAGAUGAUUCUGAAACUCAUUAUUCUAAGACUUUUCAGCACAUCUCUGUUGAACUCACAAGGCCCACAUGGAGCAAAAGCCUGAUGUAUUCAAUAGUAUCAUAGAGAAACAGAGCCUUGGAGGCUUUAUUGGGGCCUUAUUUCUUCUACCAACAGAAUAAAAUUAAAACAAGAUCCAUUGCCUUGAUUGUUUUUUUCUUAGUUAACAUACCUUGUGAAGGAAAUCCUCCUGAAACUUCAGGAAGCUCAGAAAGCUGGUUUCUCUGUACCCUGGUCCACAGAGAGACCAAGAGUAAUUACUUUUCCCCUCACUGGAAAUAAACAGCAUUUGUUUUUCUUUGUUUUCUGUUUAGUGUUUGAGCAUUGUUAUGGAAUUCCAGGCCUGUGGAUGGAACUGAAAAGUGGCUGAUAAAGGAAAGUGUGUCUGAAAAAUCCCCAUCAGCAUUAAACACUGAGAUCCACUGUGAGCAGCUUUCAAACUGGCGUUAAAUUGGGUAGACAUCCCACUGUCUCCCAGGUCUGCUUGAACAGGAAGUCCAAGUUUUAUGCAAUUAGGCAGGAGGGAGUUCCAUUCAGAAAAGCCCAUAAUAGUGUUUCUCUGCUCUCUCAGUUCAUACCAACUUAGGUUAGGAAUGAGGCUACAGUGAGACAGAAAAAGAGACUUUACACAGAUAUCCCUACAGAGUCACCUUUCCGAUAAAAAGGAGUUAGCGAUCUAAAAUAAGCCAAGGCUCUCACGUGCAACCAUGGCUUCUGCGUGCAACUAUUUCUCCCUCCUGUUCUUAAACAGUCAUGAAAUCACCCACAGCCUGGCCUUUAAAGUUGGGUUUGGCUACUAAGCUCAAUAGUGAGCCAUUCCCAAAGACUCAUUGCACCCAUUUCUUGAUCUGCUCUUCAGAAAGUGUUCUGUGCCAUCCGCAAUGCUAUUUGCUACUGGAACAUAAAACAAAACCUGUUGUUUAUGCCCUCACUUUCUCCAGUCUUUCCUGUUUUGUUUUGUUUUUUAUGAUAACCAAGUCAUCUGUUCAUACACCCUAAAGAUAAAUUAUGUGAAAUCAUAUUUUGGCAUAGGGGGAUGGGGAGUGAACUCUUUACAAACUUUUUAAGAUGAUCCCAUUUCUAUCACCGAAGACAUUUUGGAUGUUAUUAUAUAUGAGUAUAUAAAUUUUUCAUGUUAUAUUUGCAUUAAAAUAAAGCUUUAUUCAUUCAGUGA